CUGCGCCAAAGACCAUGAGCUUAGUGAGAAUGUCUUCUGCUGUGUUGGGCUCUCUUCACUUCAUCCUCAUCUUAGAGCAAUUAACAAAGUCAUUCCUGCCGAACUGCCAUUAAUGAAUCCAUUCCUGGAACUUCACAUUCAAGGCAAACUUCAUCGCUUUGAGCAGCUUAUGGUCGUGUUUCCAAUGAAAACUUUUAUUUUCAACUCCACAAAUUUUCCACAGGUAUAAACCCAAGUAAAUUGAUCUCAGCUUCUGCAAAAAACAGAGUGGCGAAAAACAGAGUGGAGAAUGAAUAUGAAAUUGGUUGGCGGCCGGUGGGCUUGGGCAGGAAGGGACUGAAGCAAAUGGAUCCAUGGAUGCCACUAACUGAAACAUUAUUUUUUUAUGUAGAGAAAAGAGGAACGGAACGUGGGCAGUCUGGGGUCACCCCCUCGUGUGGUUUACAGACCCACAUUCUCAAUACUUUCCAUUAAAAACUGUGAAACGUAUUAAAGCGAUCAACCCAUUCUUAUUGGUGUUUUCUGCAUAAAUUAAGCAGUUUCUUCUUGUUCUGCCUCAGAAACAAGAAGGGGUUUCUUGGGAAAGAAUGCUCGAGGGAGGGGGGUGCUCAGAAACAUCAUGGGAGGAAUAAAAGGUAAAAGGGUAGAAUAAAAACCUGCAAGUAUCAAGCAGAAGCAGCAGACAGUAGCAGGGAAGAGAAAGCCUCUCCCUCUCUCUCUCUCUCUCUCCCCCCCAAUUGAUAGAAAGGACAACGAUUCUGAACAGAGGAGAUUUUGGGAAUGUUAAAACGGUCGAAUGGCCAUGGAAAACGUGAGGGCUCGAUCGUUCAUUUCCACUUCCAACACAUAAACGAUUUUUUCCUUUCACACAAAAGAUUGUUUCUCAUCCCGUAAACGAUUCUCUUCUCUCUCCUCUCUCUCCUUCUCUCUGUGCGUUGUGGUCAUUCCGGAGUGCCGAAGAGAAGACUAGGAGCAGAGAUGGUGCUGAAGAGCGCAUGCAAGAUUCGGAAACGUAGGUGUUCCUCCUCAUCGUCUACUUCGUCCAUUCUGACUAACCAGAGGCUGAAACGAGCGAUUUUGGUGGGAAGAAGGGGAGGAUCGAGUACGCCUAUGCCCACCUGGAAGAUGUGCUCUCGCUCUCGGUCCCCAGUGGCGUUCGUCGAGUCCCCUCUUUCGCAGACCGUUGCUCAGAAGGCUAAGCAGGGCCCCGUCUCAGCCAGGAAGCUUGCUGCUACGCUGUGGGAGAUGAACGAGAUCCCGCGUGUUGAGCGGCUUAGGGAAGUGAAUCUACAGAAGAAAUUGCGGAAGGGUAGAUCGAGCCUCUGCAGUCAUGACCGAAGGUCCGCAGUCUCAGGCUCGUUGCCGCGCCAUCUCUCUGAUCCCCCUCAUACUCCUGUAUCUGAGACCACGGAUCAAUCGGGGACUGGUAGCCUGAGAAGAAGAUUCGCGGCAAUUUCGCAGAAAUACAAAUUUCAAGGAUUUGAUUCACUAAGCCGUACUAGCUUAAUGGAGAUUGAAGCUCGAUCGAGGGAUCUAAUGUCAUCCGAGUCUUUAGUUGCAUUAAGGAAUCAUAUUAAGGAUAAUGGUCACUGUUCUUCCACUUAUAAAGAGUUGUUGAAGAUCCUUAAUCGAAUAUGGGGCCUUGAAGAGCAGCACUCGACCAGUAUGUCCAUUGUGUCCGCAUUGAGAGAAGAGCUCAAAAAAGCCCGCGUUCAGAUUGAUCGGUUGGUUGAAGAGCAUAGAUCAGAUCGUCGUGAGAUCGAAUACAUGAUGAAACGCUUUGCAGAGGAGAAGGCGGCAUGGAAGAGCAGAGAGCGAGACAGGAUUCAGGACGUCGUUCAAACUGCUGCAGCUGAAUUGGAGGUCGAAAGGAAACUGAGGAGGAGAAUGGAGAGCAUGAAUAAGAAGUUAGCUGAGGAAUUGACAGAGACAAAGGCCUUGUUGGCAAAAGCUUUGAAGGAAUUGGGCAGCGAGAGGAAGGUUAGGCAAGUGAUGGAGGAACUUUGUGAUGAAUUGGCACGGGGAAUGAGUGAAGACAAAGCAGAGGCGGAAGAAUUAAAGAAGGAAUCUGCAAAGGCAUGGGAAGAAGUGGAGAGGGAGAGGGAGAUGCUUCAGUUGGCUGAUGUCUGGCGAGAAGAAAGGGUUCAGAUGAAACUUGCGGAUGCCAGGUUUCAGCUCGAGGAGAAGAAUGCUGUUCUUGACAAGCUGAAAAAGGAGCUUGAGGUCUUUCUCAAGACAAAAAGUCCAGCAACAAACCAUAAAAACUCGACAGCUUGUGUCAGUACCGAUAAAGAACAGCAAGCUGAAAAUAUAAUUCCAGAAAAGAGUGGCCAUGAUCAGAAUGUUGAUGACAAUGACUCCGUGGAUAGUGAUCUUCAUUCCAUUGAGUUGAACAGGGAUGAAAGUAGCAGAGGCUACAAGUGGAGUUAUGCUUCUGGUGCAGCCCGAGAAGAAGAUGGCUGUAAUUUCAGAUCACAAGAUUUGGAGAGACUAAAAGCCACUUCCCUUUCAUUUGAGACAGGGGUCAUUGAAGGCAUUGAAUGGGAUUUAAGUCGUAACCAGAAACAGGAAAGUGGGAUCAGUGAUCAAGGAAGGUGCUCGGACAUCAUGGAUACUGCUCUCUCUGCAAACCAAGUGCACAAGCAUGAUUAUGAUUUAGAAAUGCAGAGGUACAAGUAUGUGAAAGGACUAAGAGAUCAAGUAAUGGCAGGUUCCAGGGUUGCGGCUGGCGGUUUAAUGCAGAAAAUGGAGCAAACAUGAUCUUUUACAGGACCAGGGAAAUGUAAUCAGUGAAAAGAUCAGAACCAUCUCAAAGCUGACAAAAAGGAGGAGGGAGUGUGGUACAAUGAGCAGGUCAGUGGGAACCAUAGGAUAGCACAAAGUCCCUGGGACUAGGUGAACUUAGCAGAUUUCUAGCAGUAAGAGUUUUAUUUACCCUCUUAUGCUCUGUUCCUUCUCUCUGAAUAAUCAAGUCCCAUAUGCAGGUUCUGGUUGCUUCAGGUGUUGAAUUAAGAAAACUUCCAUUCUGUACAAAAGUAGUUUUUCUUUAUCAAAUUACUUAUUAGAAGGUAA